GGCAUCGAGCUUCUUUGUCUGAUCGUCGCUGCGCAAGGUUUCCGGGGACCAAACAAGCUCCAGCGAGACGUCCCGGACGCCUUCAAGACAUUUGAAGCCUUCGACCACCCCAUUGCGGUCAUGGACGCCAACAACGGCAGUACUUUUGAGUGCCUCUCUGCACGCAGAGUAGAUAUUGAUCCGAAGACAAAAACUGCUACGUACAUUUGGUCACUGGCCGGAGAUGACGGGAAAGGGAGAAAGAAAGUGCCUUUUUACCACAUGCCAGCUGAUUCACCGGAUGUCACUCUAUACACCGUUGGAUCAAAAAGCAGUCCCGUUGAAUCUGGUCGCAUCCUGUACACGGACUACAAGAAUUGCGCUAUUGCAGAUUUUGCUCACUUCGGAGACGAAUGCACACUUUGGGUCGCAUAUGAGGUGCGAGACUCCAUUCCCACAGCCUGUCUGGAACAAUAUUCUGACAUAUGUGGGGAAGCUGUCUCAGUUAACGACAUCGAUGCAUGCGAAGAUGCCUACGCCUAGGCGCUGGUGCACCGUGGCCGAAGCGACGACGGACAGACGCGACGUAGCGACUCUUCAUCGACCGAAUGCUACGGUUACUCGUGUGAGACACGUACAACGUUCCGCACUCCCAAACGCCUAGUCUCACCAAUGUUUGGCGAUGUCAAUAAACAAAAUG